AUGCCCGGAACAAAGGGCUCGCUGCCGCAGCCCGCCCGCCUUCCCGGCUCCCGGGGACCGCAUCCGCUCUGCGCUCGGCUGCGAGCGUGCGCUGCUCCCAAAAGCCGGAGAAGCGUCAGGCCGCCCUUUGUCAAGAGAUAGAAACAAUCUCAUUUUUCACCUGCUUUGGUUUCAACAAAGCUUCACCUGGCAGAACAAAUCAGUGAAUGCCAAGGAUGCCAACUGUUUGACUUUGGAGAUUUGAAUUUCACUCAAGUUCCCAAUGAUGAACUGUACAACAACCUGAUUUAUUACCCACGGUCAGUGGGGUUAGCCAGCCAGGUACUGGCCGAUGCUGUAAGCAGAGCGGUAGCUGCUGGACACAGCUGUGUCACUAUAGGAGGUGAUCACAGCUUGGCACUUGGUUCCAUCAGUGGCCACGCACGACAGUGCCCACAUCUCGGUGUGAUCUGGGUGGAUGCACAUGCUGAUAUUAACACUCCUCUUACAACUCCGUCUGGAAACCUCCAUGGACAGCCUCUCUCAUUUCUCUUGAGAGAACUUCAAGAUAAAGUCCCACAACUUCCUGGCUUUUCCUGGCUAAAGCCCUGUCUUUCAGCAUCUGAUAUUGUGUAUGUUGGGUUGAGGGAUGUGGAUCCUGCUGAAUACUAUAUUUUGAAAAACUAUGACAUCCAGUAUUUUUCCAUGAGGGAUGUUGAUCGCCUUGGAAUCCAGAAAGUUAUGGAAAGGACAUUUGAACAGCUGAUGGGCAGGAGACAGAGACCAAUUCACCUGAGUUUUGACAUCGAUGCUUUUGAUCCCUCACUGGCUCCAGCAACUGGGACUCCCGUUCUGGGUGGAUUAACUUACAGAGAAGGCAUGUACAUUGCAGAGGAAAUACACAACACAGGAAUGCUUUCAGCUGUAGACAUGGUUGAAGUCAAUCCGCUGCUUGGAGCUUCUCAAGAGGAAGUGAAUGCAACUGCUAAUCUUGCAGUUGAUGUGAUAGCAACAUGCUUUGGACAGACAAGAGAAGGGGCGCACACCGCUUUUGAUGAACUCCCAACACCCAGUUCUCCAGAUGAAUCUGACAGUGAAGAGCAAGUGAGGAUUUAAGAACCUGCAACGCUGGGUACGCUAGACGUUAAAGAGCUCUGCUGAGACACGUGAGCAAACAGACUGUCAACACUUGGCAAAUACUGUUAACUUGUCAAUUUUUAAAUAAAAGUAGUUUUUCCAUUUGA